AGUCAUUUCACUACACGAUUGGGUGAGACUCCAUAGGCUAAAUCUUCCACAUCUAUCCGAACCACAAGUCCGUCUGUACCUGAAAGCCGAGAACCCACUUACUUGGCACAAAGGCGGCGAUCAUAUAAUGAAAAAGCAGACAGGAAGAAGGGAGUCAAAUCAAACGAAUCAAUGCAGUCCGAACAGCGAAUGGACGGACCCUUCACUCGAUGCGUAUCUCUCAAACUAGCGCCUCUUUGUUCUCACGACUCGAUGCUUUGGGUUGAGCUUCACAGCAGCAGUGUUCCAUUCUCCACUCUUCCCUCACAUCUAUCCCCCUCUUUCUCCUGUUGUUUGUGAGCACAUCUCGAGAACAAAACAAGAGAUCAACUGAAACAUUCAAAACAAAACGCGCAAUCGCUCUUUACAAAAGCCUAGGCCCGGCAAGAAUGGCACUGACGUCGUCUUUGGCGGAGGACGCGACGUCCCAAGGUGUCGGUGCACGGUACACCCCGAAUCAUGAAUAUAGCCUGGGAAAUCGCCGACAGAAGACUGAUCAGCCCAUGGUAUCAUACGAGGAAUUUGAUGUCCAAGCCCGUCAACCCGUCAACGCCGAGAACCAUGCCUUCCAGCAGGGCGAAUUCGUGCCCGAUGGCUUCUUCAACCGAGUCGGCCCUUUGUGCUUCACCAUCCCACCUCCAAUGUUCCAAUGGACCUACGAGAUGCGCCGGCGCGCCCAGUCUCUGUUGCCAUAUCUCUACCUGGGUCCCUGGAGCUGCCUCGCCGACCGCGGCCGACUCGUCCAGGAAGGAAUCACGCUUCUCUUAGCCGUGCGGGACAAGCGGCUCGCCAUGGCCAGUCUGAUCAGCGGCAGGAGGGCAGCGGAAGCUCUGCAGAUUGAAGAGGGCACCGUUGACUUUGCAGACAACCAAGACCUUAUCGCGAUGCUACCCCAACUCAUCAACCACAUCAACGCGCAUGUCGCUUCAUUCCCCGCCACUGAGCCGAGCGGCCAUGCACGGAAGAAGGUCCUGCUCUUUUGUGAGACGGGGAAUGGCCCGUCGGCGGUGGUAGCAAUCGCGUAUCUGAUGGUGAUGCUCAACAUCAGUCUGCCGCAGGCUCUGCAGUAUGUCUCCUCGCGCCGGUUCUGUAUCGACAUCGAUGAAUCGGCGUCACAGCUGCUGUUGUCCUUCGAGAGCAUCCUCGAUGCCAAGCGGGUCGUCCAGCAAGCUCGACGGGCGAGUGAAACAAAGAAUACUACGCUCAAGGGUGCGAGUAGUAGAAAGCGGGAUGCUGCUGAAUUCGAUAUGGUUGAAGAGGAUGGUUACGCUAUGGGGUUGGAAGCGGGGGAGGCGGCGGCAGAUGAGAACAGACGACCCCUGGCUCCGUUCGAGGAUCGGUCAGGAUGACAUACAUGGAUGGAUGUCCUUCGCGGGCACAAGAUAAGAUGUUGGAAGAUGAUGUCAAAAGAUGUCAACGUUUUCCCGAGAUCUCACUAGUAUUUGUGUGUAUGUGUGUGUGUGUGUGUGUGUGUGACAAUUUUUGUAUGACUACAAUCUUGAAGCUUGCCUCUUUGUUACAUUACCU